CUGCCGAGCCUUUUUUAUCCAAUGUAACUUUUGAUUUUCGUGCGAAAUACAGCUUAAUUUUACUAUUCCGGUGCAUUCGACGCCUCAACAAAAGUAUAAAGUCAAUUGUGAUAGCACGAUGAGCACUAGUGGUAAAAAAGCGCAAACGCAAAGUGCCCCGGAAGCUGCCGUAGAAUCGGUAUCGGUCCCGCUAGCUGGCACGAUGGGCCGAGAUGAUAUUUGGGAUGAUAGUAUUAUUAUCAAAAAGUACGAUUCCUCGCUGGCGCUAAUAAAGGAGGAAGUGGCGAAGCGGCUGGCAAUGAAUACUAACCGAAAAGUUUCGGACGAAAUCGCAGGCACCAGCGGCAACAGCAGUAACCGCAAGUACCUGAAGAUGGAAACUGAUUCAAAUGGCGAUGCAGCAGGAGGCUCACCGGAACGCGAAGAAAAGGGCACAAGAGAGAUAUCUGAGCAGGAUCAUCCAAACACCCUACCGGGCACGUUCGAGAUUGGUGAUUAUGUGCGGGCAACUUAUGAUGACGGAGUGGAUUAUGAGGCUAAAAUCAUCGGUUUUGGAAGUCACGGCGAUUGUCAGAUCCGAUACGUUGGUUACAACAAUGAACAGACCGUUCUGCUCGAUGAACUGCUCCCGUCCUGGGGCCGGAAGGCACGUCGGCAACAACGUGUCGAAGCUGCCGAAGCGGAAGCAGCCGCCGCCGAUUCGCAGAUGGAUGUUAGCGACGACGAGCGGUUCACGAAGCAGGCCAGCAAGAUUAAGAUCAACUUCGCACCGAACUUUAGUCGAGCGCAUUCGGGAAUGUCGGCAGCAGGUAUGGCGGCCGGGAUGGGCAUGGGUGGUCGUGCGGGCAUGAUGGGUCCCUCGGGAUCGACUGCACAUAUGAUUCCACCACCACCACCGAUGCCUCCAAUGCUGGAAGAUGCGGAUGACGUCGAAUCCGAGAAUCUCUCCGCGAUGCUCAUGUCGUGGUACAUGAGCGGAUACUACACCGGACUCUAUCACGGUCAACGAAUGUCACAGCAACAGCAACAACACCAGCAGCACAGCCAGCAGGCACAGCAACAGAAGCGGGCGAGGCAAUCGUAAUGAGGACAUUAACCGGGUUGAUGUUGAUGCUUCGCAGGGCUGUUUUAGUUUUCUAACUUCUUUCUAUUCACAUCAUAACGGUGUCGCUCAGCUACUUCUCGCAAACCCUAGACCGCUCUUUAUGCGCAACUCUUCCGGAAUCGUAAAAGGUUAAAUUGUUGAAGAUUAUUGCUACUUAAAAUAACAGGUACUGGUUCAAUGGUCGUGGCCGAAGCAACAGCAAUUAGCCUGCCCAAGUCGGCCAUGCCACUAACGUUACUUUUAUUUAUUCCGUAAAAAGUUUUGAUUGCAAUGGAAAAACACAAACCUAGAAAUAGCUGGAAAAGAUUAAAAUAUAAUUUGCUCAUGAAUGAGAUC